AUGGAGGCCCUCGCCGGCGCCGCCGCCUCGUCCGCGCUCCUCCCGGCCUUCCCCGCCCACCAGCCUCACUCCCGCGUGGCGCUCCGCGCCCGCCCCUGCGGCCCCCUUCGCGCGGCCGCCGGCGGCGGAGGCAAGGACGACGCCGCCAAGCCGAACGGGACCCCCGUCGUCAAGUUGAAGGUUGAUCCAAGUCAAAACGGAGCUCUCGGUCCGGUCACAACUGACAAGUCACGCACGACCUCAUCAACCAAUUCAACUCCGGACUCCAGUGGAUCCAGAGCUGGCUUGUUCAGAACCCCUAUAUCUGGUGGUGUGCAGAGUGCAACUUUUGCCCAUGGUUUACCUCCACCGGCUUUGGCUGUUCGCAAUUUAAUGGAACAGGCACGAUUUGCUCAUCUAUGCACUGUCAUGUCUGGCAUGCAUCAUCGACGUGCUGGAUAUCCAUUUGGUUCACUUGUUGACUUUGCUAAUGACUCAAUGGGCCACCCAAUAUUUUCUCUGUCGCCCUUAGCAAUCCACACUAGAAACUUGCUCUCUGAUCCAAGAUGCACACUUGUUGUCCAGGUACCUGGAUGGAGUGGAUUGUCUAAUGCUCGUGUCACAAUAUUUGGUGAUGUCUACCCUUUGCCAGCUGAGCAACAGGAAUGGGCACAUAAGCAAUAUGUUGCAAAACACCAACAAUGGGCGUCUCAACAGUGGGGAAAUUUUUACUACUACAGGAUGCAGAAUAUCAGCGACAUAUAUUUUAUUGGAGGCUUUGGCACUGUUGCAUGGGUAGAUGUGAAACAGUAUGAAACUAUUCAACCUGACAAGAUAGCAGUUGACGGCGGCGAACAAAGCUUAAAGGAGUUGAACGCUAUUUUCUCUAAACCACUUAGAGAGUUCAUGUCUGCUGAAGGGGAGGUUGACGAUGCUGCUCUUAUAUCCGUAGACAGCAAAGGGAUAGACAUUCGGGUUCGCCAGGGUGCACAGUUCAACAUCCAGAGACUUGCAUUUGAUGUACCAUACAAGGUGGAGACUCUAGAGGAGGCCAAGAGAGCACUCCAUAAGAUAAUCAAGACAAGCAGCAAAUAA